GGGCUGGGCAGGGCCCGUUAUCCGACCGGCCCUGCCUCCCUGCAGCGGGAGGGGGCUCCAGGCACCCAAGGCUGCAGCUCUGGGUCUCCUCCUCCCUCUCCACCCCGCACUUGUCCUGCUGGCUGGUGCACCGCAGCUGGGAGGGACCGGCAGAGAGAGGAGGAGAAGCCGCGGCCGGUGGGGAGCAUCGUGCGCCCGGCCCCUCGCUGUACACUAGUCCUGCCCGCGUGGGCUGCCCCGGGAUCAGUGCGGGGCAGGACCUGCUGCGGGGCCCCAGGUUUGUCAACAUGGAGAAGGAGGAUAUUGUGGAGGAGAGUGAAGAUCCAGAGCUGUCUAUAGAGGUGGGAAAUGGCACUAUUCCCAUGGAUCAGAAAACUCAGGAGGUAACUGUCUUGGACUGCAAAGGUACAGAUGGAAAUGCACAAACGGAAGAAACUGCUCUGUUGCACAAUUGUGCAAGGCAACUUCAGAAACCGCUGACAGAGUCAAAGCCUCCAAGGAAACUGAGGCAAAUAUUUGCUUGUCCUCCUCAAGGCCUCCUUGCCCGAACAGUGACAAACGUUGCAACAGUAAUACUUGUCUGGGCUGUGGUCUGGUCCAUCACAGGCAGUGAGUGUCUUCCGGGUGGGAACAUAUUUGGAAUUCUGUUUCUCUUUUUUUUUGCUGUCAUUGGAGGUAAAAUUUUUGGGCUCAUUAGAAUACCAACACUGCCUCCUUUACCUCCUCUCCUCGGGAUGUUGCUUGCAGGUUUUCUCAUCCGAAAUACCCCAUUCAUCAGUGACAUAGUCCAGAUAAAUCCGAAGUGGUCUGCAGCGCUGAGAAAUAUUGCCCUUUCCAUUAUCUUGGUCCGAGCUGGGCUUGGCCUUGAUCCAAAGGCUCUGAAGAAGUUAAAGGCAGUCUGUUUAAGGCUUUCUUUCGGGCCCUGCCUCACUGAGACAUGCGCAGCUGCUGUUCUUGCCCACUUUCUGAUGCAUUUGCCAUGGCAAUGGGGAUUUAUAUUAGGUUUUGUUCUAGGUGCUGUCUCUCCUGCUGUUGUGGUCCCCUCUAUGCUGAUCUUGCAAGCAGGCGGGUAUGGUGUUGAAAAGGGUGUCCCGACCUUGCUAAUGGCUGCUGGCAGCAUUGAUGACAUUCUGGCCAUCACCGGCUUCAACACAUGCUUGGGCAUGGCCUUCUCUUCAGGUUCCACGCUUUACAAUAUCCUCCGAGGAGUCCUGGAGGUUGCAGUUGGCAUAGUAGCUGGUGGGCUUCUAGGAGUUUUUAUUCAAUAUUUCCCAAGUAAUGAUCAGGCAUCUCUUGUAUGGAAGAGAGCAUACUUUGUGUUGGGCCUGUCCAUGUUUGCUGUGUUUGGCAGCCUGUACUUUGGUUUCCCAGGAUCAGGAGGACUCUGCACACUGGUCUUGGCCUUCAUUGCAGGCAUGGGAUGGUCAAGUGAAAAGGUGGCUGUGGAAAAAAUUGUUGCAGUCGCAUGGGACAUCUUUCAACCCUUUCUCUUUGGUUUAAUUGGAGCAGAAAUAUCCGUUUUGUCUCUCAGGCCUGAAACUGUUGGGCUUUGUGUUGCCACACUGGGUAUUGCCUUAAUAGUACGAAUCAUUGCCACAUUCCUGAUGGUGUCUUUUGCUGGCUUUAACUUCAAGGAGAAAAUAUUUGUCUCAUUGGCAUGGAUCCCCAAAGCCACUGUCCAGGCGGCGAUAGGUUCCCUUGCCUUAGAUACAGCCAGAGGGCAGCAGGAUGAACAGCUGGAAAAGUAUGGAAUGGAUGUUCUGACAGUGGCAUUCUUGGCAAUCCUGAUCACAGCUCCGAUUGGAGCGCUGGUUAUUGGCCUGGCAGGGCCCAGACUUCUGCAGAAGGCUCAGAUAAGCAGUGGUGAAGAGGAGGAAGGUGUUGGAGGAGGAGGAGAAGCGGAGAUCGCUGGGCCCGCAUAGGAAAGAAACAGUGGAUAGUAUAUUGGUCUCACAGCUGCUGCUACUACUUAGUAAACACAAUGUCUGUACUGUUCGGAAGGAAACUGAAAUAGGUAACAAUCAGUUACUGGUCCUAAAACAACAGCCCCCAUGUUUUGCAAAAUAUUUUUAACUGUUGCUAGAGCCUUAUGAGGAAAGAUGAAAAGAAAUAAAUGUACAGUAUGUA